AUGCAACUCAGAUUGGGAGGAGCUAGCAUUGAAAGGAAAUUGCAACUGGAAGAAUUGGAGUGCAUCCGGUUAGAAGCUUAUGAAAACUCAAGGCUCUACAAAGAAAAGGUGAAAGCGGAACAUGAUCGGAACAUCAAGAGAAGAGAGUUUAGAGCUGGAGAUCAAGUCCUCCUCUAUAACUCAAAGUUGAGGUUAAUGUCGGGCAAACUGAGAUCAUGGUGGGAUGGACCAUAUGUGGUGGAAAGGGUUGAACCGUAUGGAGUUGUCCACUUGAGUCACCCAUCAAGCCCUACAUUCUUCAAAGUCAAUUGCCACCGUUUGAAAUUCUAUCAUGGUGUGAAGAUGAAGAACAAUAAAGAGAUGGAGAUCUUUCUCUUGAGAGACCCAGCCGUGGAAGAGGAUUGA